GCUGCUGGCACGGCAAACAGAACACCUUUGCAUGCGUGCGUGCUGCAUGAUGGCGGUGCAGAGUAGAGAACGGCAGGCCCCAUUGCUUGCGUUUCCGAUGUUGAUAUCCCUCCUGGUGACGGCGGUGCUUGUCGGCCUGGUGGAAUCGUUCGUUCCUCUCGCAAGCAUCCAACAUCAGCAGCGUUGUCCAUCCUACAACAACGUCAACAUCAAGCAUCAUCAUGCUCCUUCCGCUGCCUCACCGGGGAUGACAGCAGCUCAGCUGCUCUCGGGAAGCCGCCGCUUGCCAACCUCGCGUCCAGGCCCUACCACGUCGAUGACGGCAACAAGGACCGCUUUGCUCAGCAACAGGCCCUCGUCUGCUUAUGACGCGUUCAUCUGCCGUACUCCGCUGCUGUCGCGGGUGUCCUCGGGCGAUCAUGGUCACAACGACGACAACAACAGCAGUGGAGGUAAGGGAGGGGGAGGGGGGGGCAGAGGGAGGGGCAGCGGCAGGGGCGAUAGUAAUGAUGAUGACGGCGGUUCUGCCGGAGACGAAGGAUUUGGCGAUGGGCAGCCGCUGGUGUUGGCGGCGGCGGGCGGAAGUCUCGCCGCGUUUCUGAACGAGGUCAAGGACGCGAUGCGGCAGGUCAAGAUGCCGUGGGACCGGAAGGACAAGUCAAGUGAGGAGGGGCAAGAGGGCGUCGCUGAAACGGCAUCCGAGGAAGACCCGGAAAAGGAGUUAUCCAAGGUGCUGGUGGCGGACGUGGUAGUGGACAAUAGCAUCAUCCCCAGGGACGUGCUGACCUCCGCCGCGGUAAAGAGCGGUCUGCUCGGUCGGGAGGCUUCUGUCGAGAGGAUACAGGCGUGCGCCAGGAUCCUGAGCGAGUGGUACCAGUACGAGGGGCAUAUCUUAUCUGGUGUCGUCAACGCCGCCAUCUCGCCGAACGGAACCGUCGCCUUCAGCGUUAACGAACCCGUCGUGUCGGGAGUUGAGCCGAUUCAACUCUCGUACUACAAGACGGCCGACAUCCGAGACCCCAACAGCGGGCUGGUCCAAGUGGAGAAGGGCAAGACGAAAGCUAGCACUAUCGCCAAGGGGCUCGGCCUAAAGGGCGGCGAGCACUUCAAGCUGGACGCUCAGAGGUGGAGAGGCGUUCUCGGGUCGGGGCUCUUCAGCGGGGUACAGCUGUCAGGCGCCCAUCAGAACGCGGAGGACAAAGGCAUGACCCUGGACAUCAACGUGGAAGAGAGGAGUUCAGUCGUCUUCGCGCCCGGGGUGACCAAGACUCUGUUCGACAGCAACUGGGCGGGCGAGAUAUCCUUCGAGGAGACGAACGUGCUUGGUCGAAACGGCGUGAUGGGGUUGAAACUCCACCGCUCCAUGUCGUCGCCCUUCACUAGCUUCAGUCUUCGCAUGGGCAAUAACCGCUUCGGGCAGCCGGGGGGCUGGCAGCUUUCCUUUUUCCGUGACUGCCUCGCCCCAUACAGCGGCUUCGCCCGCGGGGGGGGCGGGGGCGGCGGCUACGCCAACAACGCCCUCGGCCCAGCAUCGUCGGCCCCCGAUUUUUCCACCGCGUCUCCGGCGGGAGUUCCAAGGGAUCUGAGCAUGCUGGCUCGGUCCAUUCAAGGGGCGCAGCACGGGAGGGGUGUAACCGAGGGCGUAGAGGAGGCCUCGGGCGGCGGGAAUUCCACAAGCAAGGGGCAAGGGGCGGUGGCGGGAGGCGGUCUGUCUAGCUCCCACGGUGUGUCGCUGUCCUCUUCGUGGCCUUUCGCCAUCGCGAAGGUCACCGCGGCGGCAGGGUACCAGCAGAUAUCUCCGCCUACCAACGUCCUCAGAAAGCACAGCUCCCACCACGACGGCACGCUUCCCCCUCCCGCGGGCGGCGCCGCCGACCAAAUCGCCGACGGCUCCUCCGGUGGCGGCGCUGCGGAAACCCGUCGGGGUUCGUGGGAUGACAGCGGGGCCAUGGACCUCUUGACUCUGUCCGGGGGGGUUUCGAGAGACUGGAGACUCCCGGGCGUGCUGCGCCGGCUUGGGGGCAAGGGGCCGUCGGGGGGGGCGGCGGGGGCGGCGGCGGCGGCCGCGGGGUCGGUGUCGUCCUUCUUGGACGUGAAGACGGGAUGCCUUCUGGAGGGAGGGGUGGCGCCGCGGCCGUUCUCGCACGAGUCGGCUACCUUGGUGCACCGGGUGCCUUUGGGACCCCACGGAAAAGGAGGGUCCUGGAACGCCACCCUCAACGUUAGGCACCAGGUCCAGCACUGCUCCAAGGACACCCCCCUGUACCAGGUUCCUCCUUUCGGAGGACAACGCACGGUGAGGGGGUUCGCAGAGGGGGGACUGGGUCGGGCGAAGGAGUACGCCACCAGCACGGCCGAAGUCAGGGUUCCUCUGCGGAACCUCUUCGGAACCCUCCCGACACAGGCGGUGCUUUUCUUGGACCUCGCCGCGUUUCGAUCUGUCACCUGGCCGCGAGGGGCCGCCGCUGCUGCUGCUGCUGCUGUUGCCGGCAACCCGCAUCAGCGGCGGCGGCACCACGGGUGGGAGACCGCGCGAGGCGCUCACGGUGGAGGUAUCGAGGGAGACUCGGCCGAGGGGGGUGUGCAGCAGCAAUCGGCGGAGAUUCUCUCGCCGCCACCGGCAAACGGGGGUGCCGUUGUCGUUGCUGAGGGUGGCGGAGUGCCACCCCUCUCUGCGGGGGCAUCACCAGCCGAGGAAAUGCCUACUUCGUCGUCGUCCGGGGACGGACAGCUUCCGCCCCCCCCGCCGCCUUCGCUGCCCCGCACGGUUGCGGAUAUGGCGGCUCCGGGGGGAUUCCGGGCGGAACGGGGGCAAGGGGUGGGCCUUAGGAUCGCAGAGCUGAUUCAGGUCGACUUCUGCAUCUCCCGCGGGGGCAUGAAACAGCUUCACAUCGGGCUCGUUGAUGGACACUUUUAGAAGAGAGAGAGUCUGUUUGGGUCUCUUGUCUUCGGACGGAGAUUCCCAGGGAAAAUAUGCAGCGUUUGGACUCUUGCGUAUAAGUCUUUGUGUGAAGAUGUCAGGGUCAAUCUCUGGAGAGAGGUCGUGGAAUGCAAGUUAGCCUUGCUCCACCUUUUGUUAGAUUGAUAGAAUACUUGUCGUUUCGUCGUCUUUUUUAGGUGUGUCGUGUUCGUUUUAUUUGAUGUUCAUUAUUUUGUUCAUCCGGUUUGCCGAGGAAUUAAGGUUGUCGGAUGACCGUAUCGGGCGUCAUACGACUAAUGUUGGUGUCAUUACCCCCACGAUAUUGGUGUUAUCGCAGAAGGGCUAGUCACGAGCAUCCUAAGAGUCCUGAAAAAACGUGAAAGAGGAAAGCCAUGGUGGGUGCGCGGUGCUGACGCAGGAGACGCAAGAGCGUCCAUCCCGU